AAAAUUAGAUGUAGUGAUUAUUGUGAAGAGAGAGAGAGAGAGACAGAGAGAGAAGGUAAUUACUAAUUAGGGUAUAAUAAGAGUGGAAAGAAGGGGGUGGAUCGGGCAGUGACCCGACUGGACUGGUAAACAAACCUUGCACGUCUCUCUCUUUCUCUCCCACCGGUGGGAGAGACACAGACACACAGAUACAGAAACCGCCUUUCAUCCACCGCCCACUCCUCCUCACACAGGAACAAUGGCGAAGAAAGUAAAAAAGAAGAGUCGAAGUUUUGUUAAGGAGAAGGAGGUUGCUGCUACUGUUACUGAAUUGGACAACCCAACUAUUGAGUCUGUUGAUGAAGGGGUUUCAGUUGCAAAAGAGACAAAUCCUUGCCCUCAUCUUGCUAAAGGUGUUAAUUUAGAACAAUUGUCUCGUAAGAUUGAGUCUUCUAGGUCCACAAGUUGUGAAGAUUGUAGGGAAGGGGCGGCUGAUAGGAGGGGCAGUAAAGGAAAAGGUAAACAUGGAAAGAAGAAAGGCGGUGCAUCAUCAGAAUCCAAAUCUGAUUCGAAGUCUAUAUGGGUUUGUUUGGAAUGUGCACACUAUACCUGUGGAGGUGUGGGGCUACCAACAACCCCUAAUUUUCAUGCUGUUGGGCAUGCAAGGAAAACACGACACCCAUUAACUGUUAAUAUUGACAAACCUCAACUUUGUUGGUGUUUUCGUUGCGAUAUGCUUAUUCAAGUUGAUAAAAUUGAAAAAACUGAUGAAACAAGUCAUCCUAUAUCUGAUGUUGUGAAAUUGCUCAAAGGACGAUCUUCGGCAAAAUCGUUAGUGGAUACUGAAGAUGUUUUCAUUGGGGGUGGCAGUGUUACUGCAGAAAUUAAGUCAGGAUCUCUGUCUGUAAGUGGUUCAUACGGACAGCGUGGUUACGUAGUUCGAGGCAUGGUUAAUCUUGGGAAUACUUGUUUCUUUAAUUCAAUCAUGCAAAAUCUGCUUGCUAUGAAUAAAUUGCGGGACAAUUUUCUGAAGACCGAUGCUCCUGUCGGGCCACUGAUUAGUUCGUUGAAGAAGCUGUUCACUGAAACAAACCCAGAAUCAGGAUUGAAAAAUAGUAUAAAUCCGAGAUCCUUUUUUGGCAAUGUAUGUUCUAAGUCUCCCCAAUUUCGAGGAUAUCAGCAACAUGACAGUCAUGAAUUGCUCCGUUGUUUACUGGAUGGGUUGAGUACUGAAGAGCUGGCUGGAAGGAAGCAGAAUGGUUCUCUUGAGACAGACGGAACCUCUUCCAAUACUUUGGUCGAUGCUUUAUUUGGGGGUCAGAUAUCUAGUACUGUAUGUUGCAACGAAUGUAAGCAUUCCUCAACAGUGUAUGAGCCUUUUUUAGAUCUUUCCCUCCCCGUUCCAACUAAGAAACCUCCGCCUCGGAAGGCUCCACAAGUGUCCAGAACCAAAAAGACAAAACUUCCACCCAAAAAAGGAGGAAAGACUCAGACUCGAGUCAAAGUUAACAGGGAUGCUGACCCCUUACCCGUUCAAAAUGUACCAGGCCAAUCAUUCAGCCAUGAAUCAUCCUGCCCUGACCAGUCUGUCAUAUCAGUUUCUGGAGAAAGGGCUGCUUCUUCUGGUGAUUCUACGGUAUUAGAUUCUGAAGAAAUAAGCAGCGUGGCCAAUAAAGAGGAUAUCUCUCCACCUAAUUUGGUUACUGUUGAAGAGUCUCAACAAAUGCAAGUGGUUGACAGUGUUGCAAAUAAAAUAUCAGAAUCAUCGGAUGAUUUUGCUUGGUUGGAUUAUGUGGGAGCUGAAACCAUGAUAGACGAAGAUGCUUCCGUAUCCCAGAAGGAAGAUGCACCGGAGGUACAAAAUUCUGAUCCCUUACCCGUUCAAAAUGUACCAGGCCAAUCAUUCAGCCAUGAAUCAUCCUGCCCUGACCAGUCUGUCAUAUCAGCUUCUGGAGAAAGGGCUGCUUCUUCUGGUGAUUCUACGGUAUUAGAUUCUGAAGAAAUAAGCAGCGUGGCCAAUAAAGAGGAUAUCUCUCCACCUAAUUUGGUUACUGUUGAAGAGUCUCAACAAAUGCAAGUGGUUGACAGUGUUGCAAAUAAAAUAUCAGAUUCAUCAGAUGUGGGAGCUGAAACCAUGAUAGACGAAGAUGCUUCUGUAUCCCAGAAGGAAGAUGCACCGGAGGUACAAAAUUCUGAGAUCAAGGAUGAACGUUUGACUGUUUUCACUGAACAAGCUAGUUGUGAAACCAGCGGUCCUGAUUCUUUCCUUCGGGAGGAUCAAAACCUAAGACCUGAUUUUUCUUCAGCAAAUGGGUUGGAAGAUGAGGUUCCUUUACAAGUUCAAAAUUCAGAAGUGCUUUUACUUCCAUACAAACAAGUUCAAAAUUCAGAAGUGCUGUUACUUCCAUACAAAGAAGAAAGUUCCUCGGCCGGGGUUAUCAUUGAAAGAGAUAACGAGGCCUCCUCGUCUGUUUUGGGUGGUGGUCCAGAAGAAUCGGAGUUUGAUGGCUUUGGUGGCUUAUUUAAUGAGCCUGAAAUUUUUGCUGGGCCUGCUCCCAGGCCUUCUUCAUCUGGUGAUGUGGAUGCUGGCAUUAUCAUAAGAAACAACAGUGAAUCUGAUCCAGAUGAAGUAGAUGAUACAGAUUCUCCGGUUUCUGUGGAGAGUUGCUUGGCUCAUUUUAUAAAACCUGAGCUUCUUUCAGAUGACAAUGCUUGGCAUUGUGAGAACUGUUCAAAAAUCCUCCGACGUCAAAAGAAGAAAGCAAAACAGCAGGCAAGAACUCUAUCUGAUGGAAAUGCGAGUGGUAGUCAUGAUGAAUCACAGAAUACAUCUAACUCGUGUUCUUUUGAAGUCAGUAGUACAGGAAAUGGAGAUAUUAAAAAUGACAAGAGUAUAGAAAGUUCAGUUUCACAUGUUCAACAUGGCACAGAGCUUGAAAACAGUCAAACAGAUGAGCUGCAGAAUGAUGAAUUACAGUCUUCAUGUUCACAACAAGCUUGCAAUGAAGAAAGCCGCAAUAAUUCAGCUUCUUCUUGUAUUACUGGAAAUGUCCAACAAGAUGCUCCAAUGUUAGAUAAUGAUGACAAUGACUCGGAAGAAUGCAGCGAUAAAGAGACCGACUUAGAAAGCAUGAGAGUGAAUAGGGAUGCAACUAAGAGGGUCCUCAUUUAUAAAGCUCCGCCUGUCUUGACCAUUCAUCUGAAGAGAUUCAGCCAAGAUGCUCGUGGCCGCUUAAGUAAAUUAAACGGUCAUGUCAACUUCAGAGAAACAAUGGAUUUUAGACCAUAUAUGGAUCCCAGGUGUAUAAAUGAAGAGAAGUAUGAAUACCAGUUGGUUGGUGUAGUGGAGCAUUCGGGAACCAUGCGAGGUGGUCACUAUGUUGCCUAUGUGAGAGGGGGCCAGAGGAACAGAGAGAAGGUUGCUAAUAAAGAAAACGAGAGUUCCACAUGGUAUCAUGCGAGUGAUGCAUAUGUGCGUGAAGUUUCCCUUGAUGAAGUUCUUCGCUGCGAGGCAUACAUUUUGUUUUACGAAAGAAAAUGAGUAAACCAUCUACUUUCUAGGCAUUUAUACUUGAGGUAGAGAUAAAGGUUUACCAAAUUUAGAAGAGUGAGAGAUAUACAUCAUUGCAGGUGAGUGUAAAAGCAAUUGCUACAUAUUGUAUACCAUUUUUCCUACAUGUAAUGAGGUAUUGAAUGUACAAUGCGGAUACAAUCAAAUUUCAUUUUUUCAUCUUUACAUUA